GAUAGAUGCUACCAGAAUUUUAGGAUGAAGAAAGAAAUUUUCAUGGGUCAUGUGGUGCUAUUAUUAAUUCUGAGGAAGGGGAAAAUCGAACCUUGUACCUCGUGCAAGUGAUGAGGAGCAGGCGACCACUAGACCACAAGAGCAAAAGACAAUGCAAAUGAUGUAUGAUACUAUAUACAAGGCUUUGGUGGAGGUUGGACUUGAAAAUGAAUAUGAGCCUCAAGAGUUUUUGAAUUUUUUCUGUCUUGGCAAUCGUGAAGUAGAUGGGGAAGAAAGGUUAAAUUCUGCAGCAGUAAAUACCCCUCAGGCACAUGCUCAGAAAAGUUGGCGCUUGAUGAUUUAUAUCCAUUCUAAAGGAAUGAUAGUGGAUGAUCAGUAUGUGAUACUGGGAUCUGCAAAUAUCAAUCGGUGCUCAAUGGAAGAUACACGAGACACCGAAAUAGAGAUGGGUGCGUAUCAGCCUCACCAUACCUGGGCAAGCAAACGUUCUCGUCCACAUGGACAGAUUUUUGGAUAUCGGAUGUCAUUGUGGGCAGAGCACUUGGGAACCAUUGAAAAAUGUUUUGGAGAACCAGAGAGUCUCGAAUGCGUGAGACGAGUGAGGUCCCUGAGUGAGAACAACUGGAAACAGUAUGUAGCCGAUGAAGUAGGACCCAUUAUUUUGGAUUUCAUAUAUUCCAAAUCAAUGGUUCAAAAAUUGUACUUAUCUUAUGUCCUGAGAUAA